CUCCCCUCUCCUCCCUCUCCCUCUCCCUCUCCCUCUCCCUCUCUCUGUCUCUCUGUGAGGAGGAUGUCUAAGCCAGGCAGCUCAGUAGGAGGCCCAGCGGCAGCAGCAGUAGCUGAUCCAGAGGUGAUGUUCCAGGAGCCUGGUCCCACCGUCUCCUUCUCUAGACUACACUACUCUGUCAUGGAGAGCAGAGGACCCUGCCACAAGAGAGGACCUGAGAAACACAUCCUCAAAGACGUCAGCGGCAUCAUGAGACCAGGGAUGAACGCCAUCAUGGGGCCGACAGGAAGUGGAAAAACAUCUCUCCUGGAUGUGAUAGCAGGUCGUAAGGACCCAGCAGGGUUGAAGUUUGGUCAGGUUCUGGUGGAUGGGAAGAUGGUGGACAGCGACCUCCGACUCAUAUCUGGCUACGUGGUGCAGGAUGACGUAUUGAUGGGAACCCUGUCAGUAAGAGAGAACCUGUUGUUUAGUGUGAACCUGAGACUGGACCCUAGACAUCAUUCUACAGCCGACAAAAAGCACAGAGUAGACGGCAUCAUCCAAGACCUGGGACUACAGGACUGUACCCACACCAAGAUAGGAACAGAGUUCCUGCGUGGUGUGUCUGGGGGAGAGAGAAAGAGGUGCAGCAUCGGUAUGGAGCUCAUUACUUCUCCUUCUCUUCUGUUCCUGGAUGAACCCACCACCGGUCUAGACUCUAACACUGCUAACCAUAUCAUCAGCCUACUGCACAGGCUCUCUAGAAGAGGUCGGACUAUCAUCUUCUCCAUCCAUCAGCCUCGUUACUCAAUCUUCAGCCGCUUUGACCACCUGACCCUGAUGCACCGUGGAGAGGUGGUGUACGCUGGAGCUGCCGGCAAGGCCCUGGGCUACUUUACUGACCUGGGGUAUCACUGUGAGCCGUUCAACAACCCACCUGACUUCUUCCUAGACAUCACUAACGGAGAGGCUCAGUCUACACUGGACAUCACUUCAUUUAACUACAAUGGUGAGGAGAAGAGUGACAACAGAAACCUUCUGGCAGUGAGCUACAGACAGUCUUCUCAGUACCAGAGGGUGGUGGAGGAGCUGGACCAUGUGACGCAGGGUCUGGAAGGAGGGGUUGGAGGUCAGGGACAGAAGGCUGACUACGUCACCUCCUUCUGGUACCAGAUGAGGAUAGUUUGUGGUCGUACGGUGAUGAACUCUCUCCGGAAUCCCCAGACGUCGUAUGCUCAGCUAGCCCUCAACAUCUUCUUUGCUCUGCUGGUUGGCCUCAUCUACUACCAGAUACCCCUGACUCUACCUGAGGCCCUACAGAACAGGAUGGGAGCAUUCUUUUUCCUUAUCAUCAACAUGGUGUUUGGGAAUCUUUCAGCUGUGGAACUCUUCAUCAAUGAGAGAGCUCUGUUCAUCCAUGAGAACUCUAGUGGGUACUACCGUACGUCCGUCUACUUCCUGUCUAAGAUAUUCGCUGACCUCAUCCCCAACCGCAUUGUCCCGAUCCUCGUCUUCUCAGCCAUCGCAUACUACAUGAUGGGUCUGAAGCCAGCCUUCACAGCGUUCCUGCUCUUUACGCUGACCAUGUCCCUGGUCAGUCUAGCUGGGGUCAGUCUGGCGUUCCUGGUCUCAGCCUCAGUCUCCUCCUUCGCUAUGGCCAACAUCCUCAUCGCCCUACCUUUCGUCUUCAUGAUGGUGUUUGGAGGGUUCCUGGUCAACCUUAACUCCAUGUUGUCCUGGUUGUCAUGGCUGAAAUGGAUCAGCAUCUUCCGCUACGGACUAGAGGCUGUGACCAUUAAUGAGUUUAAAGGACAGAUCUUCUACAGCAACACCACCAUUCUUCCAGGGGAGGUGUACCUGGAGACCCAGGGUAUAGACUACAGUACCUGGGGUUUCUGGCAGAACCAGGUAGCUCUGGCUGGGAUCAUAACGGUGUGUAUGGUCUUGGCCUACAUACAGCUCCGACGGAUCAACCGCUGGAAGUAACACACACACACACCGCAGUAGAAUCAGAUAGAACCUUCCGGAACAACGUGGACUAUGAAGAGACACACACACCGCAGUAGAAUUAGAUAGAACCUUCCGGAAGAACGUGGACUAUGAAUUAACACACACACACACGUACAUUUUAACAUUGUUGUAUGGUGGUAUUGUACAUUUUGUGUUGUAGAAAUGUAGCGGUGUAAUAAUGUUUUAUGAUGUACGGUUUUAUCAAAAUUGUUCUGUCUAAUUUUUGUGUGUGAUGUGCCUUAGUACAGUCUAAGCCCGGUCUAUGCAGGGGGGAGGGGUUCUACUGAGCUAUAUGGAAUUGUUUUAAGAAAGUCCUAUCAAGUAUCAUUUUG